GACGAGAGAUGACUAUCAAAGAAGGCAGAUUUUUUUGUGAGUCUAAAUAAUGCUCUUGUGCGUAUGAUACUCUUCGAUGCUCCUCUUAACUGUCAUCUUGAUCGAAUUGGAUGAGUAGCAUGGAGCAGAGGAUAAAGAAAGAACUUAGCUCUUUAUUUCCCACGUUAUAGAAAUUUCGUUUUAUCUGUAAACUUUAUAGUUUUUAGAUAUGUAUAAAUUUGAUUUUACUUUAACAACAAUUUUCUUCCGAAAAAUAGAAUUUUACUUUUGACAACGUGCUUUUUGCAAAGAAAGGAGGUUGUAUUUGCGCCACGUCGAUAUCCCCCACCAUCAACAUCAUUCUAAGUUCUUUGUGAACGGCGGCGAGGAGGGAAAGAGGAAAGAGGACAGAGGACAGAGGACAGAGGACAGAGGAGACAGCAAGAGAGCGGGGCGAUGGCAGGGCUUUACGAGAAGCAGGCGGAAAUAUACGCACAGGCUCGGCCCAAAUAUCCGAGAGGGUGGUUCACGAAGCUCGCCUCGCUGACCGCCCAUCACAAGCGGGCGUGGGACGCCGGCACCGGUAGCGGCCAGGCUGCCGUCAACGUCGCAGAACAUUACGAGGAGGUGAUAGCCACGGACGUUAGUGAGGCCCAGAUCAAACAUGCCACCCCGCAUCCAAAGGUUCAGUACGUUCACACACCUCUCUCCAUCUCGGAGCAAGAUUUGGUAUCCAUGCUCGGAGGUGAAGGCUCG